GCGGAGCCCAGGCGCAGCUGCCGAGCGCAGGACGAGGGCUGGAAACUUUGGGGAAGUGGCCGCGACACCCAGAGACAAAGUUUAUUCGCCAGCCAGUCGGUCGCUUAAUGCUCCGUCCCGAAGGCGUAGCGGGGACACCGAUGCGGAGCUGGUAAUGGAUCCGAGGUACGACAUCCAGCGGAGGGGAGCCGGGGGCUCCGGCGCAGGAUCCCCGGCUCUGACCGGGGCUCAGGCUCGGCGCAGAAAGAUGCCGCCGCGGCCGGCCGACUACAAGCUGCAGGUGAUCAUCAUCGGCUCCCGCGGCGUGGGCAAGACCAGCCUGAUGGAGCGCUUCACCGACGACACUUUCUGCGAAGCCUGCAAGUCCACCGUCGGAGUGGACUUUAAAAUCAAGACAGUGGAACUUAGAGGGAAGAAGAUCAGGUUGCAGAUCUGGGACACAGCCGGCCAGGAGAGGUUCAACAGCAUCACCUCGGCUUACUACCGGGGGGCAAAGGGCAUUGUGCUGGUGUAUGACAUCACCAAACAGGAGACCUUCGAUGACCUGCCCAAGUGGAUGAAGAUGAUCGAUAAGUACGCCUCUGAGGACGCUGAGCUCCUGCUGGUGGGGAACAAGCUAGACUGCGAGACCGACCGCACGAUCUCCCGCCAGCAGGGGGAGAGGUUUGCUUCUAGGAUCUCCGGGAUGCGCUUCUGUGAGGCCAGCGCCAAGGACAACUUCAAUGUGGAUGAGAUCUUUUUGAAGCUGGUCAAUGACAUUCUCAACAAGCUGCCCCUAGAGGACCUCCACAGUGAGCUGUCCAGCAGCAUCCUGUCUCUACAGCCGGAGCCCGAGGUGCCGCCGGAGCUGCCCCCCCCACGCCUACGCUGCUGCUGAAGCUCCACCCUGGAUAGCUCCACCCACCAUCACCCAUCCAACCAACUACCACCCCCCCAAUUUACCGCUCUUACCAAUUAGGGUGCAGCAGUGGAGCCGAGUCCCCCCCCCCCCAAUAGCCCCCCCACACACACCUCACAGUCUAAGACACGCAGGAAGGCUCCCUUACACACCCCAGCAGGGCUACCUCACAUGCAGGACAACGUGAUCAAACUGGGUGCCUCCAGUUAAGACCUGGAACAAGAUGGACUGGGAGGUUCCCUCCCCCUGUCAGAGGGAGGCGGGGCUACCCUGAAGCCACUCCCACUUCCAUCCAAACUAUUGGAGCGCCUUCCACUCUCCCCUUGCAGCCCCAAUGCCCUGGAUCACAUGACAGGAAAAGGGCAUCUGGAACAAUGUGCCAUAAAGUUUUCACUUCUUCAUGGAUGGGAAUGUCUGCGCAAUUAUAUUCUGCUCCUGGUGGGUGUGGGAUUUUGUUUAGAAAGGGAUUAUGUAUAAACGAGGUAAGGAAUUGCUGUCAUGGCCACCAAAUAGCAUAAGAGCAUAAGUCCUGCUCUUUCAGGAAGGGAAUCGUACUGGCUGCUUCUCUGCGAUUCAGUGAUCAAUCAGAUCCCCAUGCAACUAGCGUCUGUGGAAAGGAGGGGCCCUCAUCGGCAUCUUCAGGAUAGGUUUAUGGUCGAGGGGUCGCUGACACGUAUGGAACAGAGUGGCUUUCAGAACUUCACUGACUGAGCCAGCUGGCGUGGCGGUUUGUUUGAAAUUGGUCUUUUUUUUGUUUGUUUUACAUGGUUUGCACUACAAUCAUUUGAGUAGUUUUACAUGCGAUGGAAAGGCUCUCCCUGAAGGAGAUUUGGCAUGGUGAAUGCAGAGUUUUUCAGCACUGGUAAUGGUCACCGGUCGAGGUGCCAAAGCUUAAACGAUGGCAAGGGGAGGGGCACGGCGAGGGGAGGGGAGGGGCACGGCAAGGGGAGGGGAGGGGCACUGCAAGGGGCCACUCCUUGUGAUCCCUCCACAACCGUCACUGCUGGUUUUCUUCCAGACCGGUUUUCUGAGAUGGACACACCUGUGCUCUUGAACUGCCUGAAGCGGGACUGGAGAGAGGUGCGGAUAGGCGUGCAGUGAGCAAGGCCCUCUGCUGGCUGCGGGAGGCAAGGCCGUGCCGUGUCACAAGUGCGUCUCACACAAGGACUCCAUGCAAAGCUUGAGGGGGCACUUGUGCUGCUCCUGUGCUACUAGCACACCUGACUGCAUGUCAGCGAGCAGGCGGGGGGGCGGAAUCGGUCAGGUGACUUUGAGGUAACAAUCUGCUCAGAGACGGAGCCCCGCCCACCCCAUACAGCAUGGUGCCACUGAGGGGUCCAGCCCAUUUCCCAGAAAAAGGAGAACACUAAUGGACAGUGAUCGCUUCACAUCUAGUGCACUACUACUAACACAAUGUUGGUGCAACUUUCAUGCUUGACUAAAGGGUAGUGCAGUGUAUUGAUGGGUUGUCGCUUGAUGAAAGGCCACCGUGGUAAAGCAAAGAUCUUGUCGUAUGGGCCCUUUUCCCAUCGAGUGCGUGUGUUUGUGCACGCAGUAUCACAGGACUACAGGUUUGGCCGUACACUGGCCUGAGCGCAGUAUCACAGGACUACAGGUUUGGCCGGACACUGGCCUGAGCGCAGUGUCACAGGACUACAGGUUUGGCCGGACACUGGCCUGAGCGCAGUGUCACAGGACUACAGGUUUGGCUGUACACUGGCCUGAGCGCAGUGUCACAAGACUACAGGAUUGGCCGUACACUGGCCUAAGUGCAGUAUCAAUUGGAACUCCAGUGUUUUACAGCAUUGUGUCUAUACUCAAGACCUCGGUACAGACUGUCCAGUUGCCAGUGCACCUAUCACUAAUGAAGGUUUCCAUCCUUCCCAGUAUUGUACAUGUAAGCCUUUUUUCUCAUUAUUUUUGAAAUAUUAACCAUAUUCAUUAAAAUGCAUUGAACAGUUGUGCUAUAAAUGGCAAUUUGUUCAAUGUGUGAGUUACUAAACAAGUUUUAUGUAUUUUAGUAUGCUGGCAUGUUUUACGUCGUGUGAUAUAACUUGUGGCAUUCUUAAACUAAUGCAGUGCAAAUAAAUAUUUUAUAUUUAUUACCAAG